UUCCGCCCUGGCUUCGGCUGUGUCCGCGCCGCGAUGGGGAAAGGGGAGGGAGCUCGGGAAGGCUCGGGGCCGCGCCGCUCCUUCCGGGACGGCGGGAGGCGGUGCCGCUCACCUGGUGCCGCCGGCGCCGUGCAGCGCCCGAGCCGCGGCCCCGCCGGGCGGGAGGGUGUUUGUGCUUCUCCGAGCCUCUCUCCCCGCCCCCGACUCUCCCGCCCCCGUCUCUCCCGCCCGACCCGCCGGGACCUCUCCUCUCCGGGCGGCAGCAGAGCCGCCUCGGGGCGGGCGGCAGCAGCGGUGCUGGUGGGGCGCUCUCGCCGUCCAGCCCGCCGGGAACAUGGCGACUGGCGGCUACCGCAGCGCCGGGGGUAGCACCACGGACUUUCUGGAGGAAUGGAAAGCCAAGCGGGAGAAGAUGCGGGCGAAGCAGGCACCGCCGGCCCCGGGCGCACCGGGCGGGGGGGAGCCCCGUCCUGUGGGGGGCGGCCCCUCCGCCGAGCUGAACAACAGCAGCAACCUGCCCCCCGAGCGCCCGGCGCCCCCCGCCGGCGGGGCGCUGAACUGCGUCGGCCUCGCCAGCGCCGCCCUGGGCCGCGGCGCCCCCGCCAAGGAGCCGCCUCUCGCCGGGAGCCGCGGGGCCGAGCCCGCCGCCGCACCGGGCUCCCCCGAGGGCGAGGAGAAGCUGGCCGCCAAGGGAAAGAGCUCGGGCCCCAGCGCCAGGAAGGGGAAGGGGCAGAUCGAGAAGAGAAAGCUGAGGGAGAAGAGGAGGUCGACAGGUGUGGUGAACAUCCCGGCCGCCGAGAGCCUUGAUGAGUAUGAAGAUGAUGAAGCAGGGCAGAAGGAACGAAAGAAAGAGGAUGCUAUUACUCAGCAGAACACGGUACAAAAUGAGAGUUCCAGUGCAGAUACCUCUUGCUCAUACUUACUGCAGGACUCCUCCAGAAUGGUUUCAAGCAGGUAUAAAAGUACAGCCAGUGCACCAGAGGAUGAUGCUCCAAACAGAUAUUCCCGACCAGAGAGGACAGUUUACGGCAGAUACAGCAGAGAUGCAAAUUCUUCUGGCAGUUCUCUACCAAGUAACUCUUUGGAGAAGAGGAUUGAGGAACUUGAAAGGGAACUUGCAAAAGAAAGACAGGAAAAUGCAAGAUUAAUGAAGAUGGCACAGGACAAAGAGGAACUAAUUGGAAAGCUGAAAGAAGAAAUUGAUUUAUUAAACAGAGAUCUAGAUGAUGUAGAAGACGAAAAUGAACAAUUGAAGCAAGAAAACAAAACCCUCUUAAAAGUUGUUGGACAGCUGACAAGGUAGAAGAUUCAGAUGUCAAUGAGGAAAGAUUUAAAAAACUACUGAUUGAACACUAAGGUCAAGAUAGUAAUAUUUCCUGUGUUGCAGUAUCUUAUAAUAACUGUCUUUGUAUUUAUUGUUAGGAAACCAGAUGAAUGUUUAUUUUCAUAGUGCUUUCUCCUUUGUUCAAUGAAAUGGCAUAAAAUUUGGGGUGCAUUUUUAGCUUUCUUUUCACGUAAGCAUGAUUAAAAUUUUCAACAUGUUUCAAAAUUUUAAGUUCAAAAAUAUUUGGAUUUUGUAUCUUCAGAUUACAGCUGCAGAAAUUACAGUAAUCUAAAAUUCAUAGAAUCAAGAUCAUUUUCAGUCCAUGUGGGUGUAUAUUUUUGAAAUUAAUGGAAGCAAUACAUAUGAGCUUUGUUUACACAGAUUCAAAAUAUGUAUUUUGGGAAAUGCUUCCUUUUUUGUUCAAAUUGCUGUACAUUGGAUGCCUUAUUACUGAUGUAUAACAUUUUGCAGAUUGAUGACUUGCUCUAGAACUCUUGUAUGUUGUGGUUUUUUACUGUGUCUGAAAGAUUGACAGUAGUAGAGAGUAGCAAAUUUUUUUUCCUGUGUUUAACAGUAUUCUGUCAGAAGGGGAAGGUUUUACUAAAAAACUGCAAAACAAACAAAUGCAAAACACCACAAAGCCAAAUAAAUCACCUCUCAUAUCAGCAUUAAUAAGUUCUUAGAAUCACAUUGAAGUUGUGCACUGCAGUUUAUUUUAUGGCUUUUGCUUUAGCAAUGAAUUGCAAGUUUGCAAUCAGACAGUUAGUUUGCUGUGUUGAGAAUUCAGUCAAAGCCUGGAGCUUUCAUUUUAGCAAAGACACUUCUUGUUGUCAUCCUAAAAUUUGUAGUGAUCAUAACCCAUACAAGUUUUUGGAUUUUUUUCUUUUUAAGCUGAGUGAAAUUUUUUUUUUUUGUACGUGACGAAAUAAAGGGGCAUACUAGUGAUUUGUGCCUUUUUGAAACAUCAAAUGACAUACAAACCCCAUUUUUAUCCUUGAUUUUAAACUAACAAGUUGUUUAAAAAGUGCCUGGUUAGAUGUUACAAUCCAGUUAUGACUGUGUGUGGAUUCUCCUAUAACAUGAUAGCUGACAAAAUUUUCCUUAGACUUUAAUCACAGACCUCAGUUAACAUUUAGACUAAAAAUUAUUUGUACUUUAUUUCAUCUUAAUACAGCACAUUUUUCAUUCCUGGUCAGAUUAAAUGUACAAAAACCCUUUGAGAACAGACACUAAAAAUUAUAACAUUUCAAACAGUCUAGGCUUUUUAUGGACAAUUUUGGUGUCAGAAAGUUACAUACAUAUAGUUCUUUUUACCUUAAAACUUAAAAGCAAUUUUAAUAUAACAAUAUUGUUAUAUUAAAUAUAACAAUAUAACAGUAUUGUUAUAUUAAUAUAUAUAUGUGAAAUAUAGAUGACAAUUGCCUUUUCAGAUUUGCAAAUUGUUUUCAUAAUGUGCAAAUUGUAUUCAAUGGCAGUGUUUCUUAAAUUUAAAAUUCCAGCUAUUAUUGUUAACAUUUUGAAUUGUUUUGGAUAUGGGAUAGAUUAUUUUGCAUUUGUGCAUUCUGAUGAGGAAAAAUGUUUCAAAGCUUUAAAGUGUUUUUCAGGACACUUUCAGUCCAGGAUGCCUCAGUGGGUGAGAUUCCAUGGAACACCAUUUAAAACCUUUUCUCAGGGGGUUAAAUGGUACAGGGGGUUUGUAUAAGCCCUUUGAAUUACAAUGUACACCAAUGAGUAUUGCUUGUAAUAUUAAUGAAACAGUAAGAGGUCUCUUAAUUUCUAAGUUCCAUUAAAUUGACCAUUUAAAGACAUAAUGAAGUCAGUUGAGAUGCAUGCCUUUUGAAUAAAUACAAAACUUGCUCUGGAAGAAGCAUCUCAUUUCCUUCUCUGUGCACCAAGUAGGGAGUGCAGGUACCCACGUGCUGCAUGGGGUGUCAAACACAUUGGAGCAUUACUAAGUGCCUGACAUUGAGCAUACUGCAGUACACACAGGGAGCAAUAUGAGUAGCAAAGAAGAUGUUUCAUAAAAUGUGUUUCAUGUACAUUUUAAACCAAAGAAAAACAGCAACGAAGAGCAUAAACAAAAGUUACUUGUCUUCAUAUUACCUCUUCUUGGCGGUGGUAAUGCCAGAAUUAGAAUUUUUUUAACUUGUACAUAAAACUGACAGAAGUAUUUGGCAGAAUUUCUGGAUUUCUAAUGUAACUGUUCUUGUUCAGGGCUAGUUGUGAUUUUUCUGCUCUGGAAAACUUGUGGUAGUUGAGUUUUCCUCUGAAAACAGUCUCAUAAUCAUAAUGCAGAGUGAUUUUUAGAAAAUACCCAUUUUAUGUGUUUAAAAAAUUUAAACAUUGUUAACCUAUGAGUAAGUGAUUUUAGUUUUGAACAUUGACUAGUUGUGGUGAUACUUGUUAUCAGAUUAUAAAAAUGAUUUUGAGAUUCUUCUACUCCAGGUGAAAGAUACAUGUUUUAUAAUAAAGAUUGUUUGCUGUUGUUCAAAUAAAACAAAAUUCUUUUU